GAAGCAGAUGUCCGGAUUAGUGUCCGGUUAGGUGGUCGCUUUCUUCGGGUAUUGCAUUCACCUCGCAGCCAACAGUUCCGGCAUCAACAUGGGACAACGUGUUUCUCGUACGGACUUCGAGUGGGUAUAUGAUGAUCAACCGCACACCCGUCGACGGCAGGAAAUGGUGAAAAAAUAUCCCCACAUUAAGAAACUAUUCGGACCGGAUCCCAAGUUCAAAUACAUUGUGUCAGCCAUGGUGUUAACACAAAUUGUGAUGUUGUACGUGAUGCAAAAUCAAUCGUGGCCAAUGAUCGUGUUGGUGGCGUACUGCUUUGGUGGUGUGAUCAAUCAUUCGCUAAUGUUAGCAAACCACGAGAUAUCGCACAAUAUGGCAUUUGGUUACGCCCGCCCGCUUGCCAACCGAUAUUUUGGCAUGUGGUGCAAUCUCCCCAUCGGUGUUCCGAUGUCGGUGUCAUUCAAAAAAUAUCAUAACCUUCACCACCGACAUCUGGCGGAUGACGAUCUUGACCCGGAUGUGCCAACGCUAGCCGAAGCAAAACUUUUCUGUACAACCUUUGGAAAAUUCAUCUGGGUUUGUCUACAGCCAUUUUUCUACGGCCUGCGACCGCUGUUCGUUAAUCCUCUCCCAGUGACGAAGCUAGAAAUUAUCAACACAAUUGUGCAGCUGACGUUCAAUGCAUUGGUCGUGCUCGUGUUUGGUUGGCGUAUGAUGGCCUACCUUCUGAUAGGAUCAGUUUUAGCAAUGGGGUUGCAUCCCGUUGCAGGACACUUCAUCGCCGAACACUACAUGUAUGCGAAGGGCUUCGAGACGUACUCUUACUACGGACCACUGAAUUGGAUCACCUUUAACGUGGGUUAUCAUAAUGAGCAUCAUGAUUUUCCUGCCAUCCCUGGUAGCCGUUUGCCUGAAUUGAAAAAGAUCGCUCCCGAGUACUAUGAAACAAUGCCUCAGCACACGUCUUGGGUGCGCGUGCUAUAUGACUUUAUUACUGAUCCAGCCGUAGGACCAUACGCUAGAAUCAAGCGUAAGAGCUUGGACAAACCGAAAGCUACAGUCACGAAAACGAUCGGUCUGAUAAAUGAAUCAUGGCAACCAGAAGGGGAGCAGAAAAAAAGAUAAGUCAGUAUUUGAACUUCUAUCAUAACCGUUAUCAAUGUACGUAACAAGAUUACAUGGAAACAGGUUUUGUAAUAAAAAUUUGACAAAAGAUAAGAGAGCUACGUCUGAUAAAGGACUAUGAAAAAUCAUCUAUUUUAUUUAACGUAAUCGUCAACCCCACAUGUGAUGAAUUUUUUGUUCAACCUGUGCAAAAGCUUAUACACGAGUAUUAGAUUGAAUGAUAUGCUAACAAUAAAACACAUUAACUUUAUUUAAACUCGUAGCCCCGAUUUCGUUA